GGGAGCACACGGCUGUCUGGGCUCUGCUUUUCAGACCGUUGGGAGCAUUUUUUGGAGUGUAUAGCACCUGUUUACACAGAACUUGCGGAGGAAUCCACCUCCUCACUGUCAUCUGCGAUUAUAUGUGAGAUAUCAAAAUUCUUCUGUGGCUCGACCAUCCCAGCACAGGGGAGCCAUUAUGGAUCUUUACGGCCAGCUCUGCGGACUGCUGGUCCGGUCUGGAGCCAGAGACCAGGGGAAGGAGGAUACAGCAGCCACUGGGAAUUGCAGCCCUUCCCUAUCUGGGCCUGCUGCUUCAGGACGGACACCUUUCCGAAGGGACAGGACAAAUCCGGACUCCAUUCAGCCAGGCCCCACUGACUCUUCUGUCUCAGACACAGAGGAGCAGAAGGAGGCCCAAAAACAAGACCCGGGACUAAAAACCCUGGCUGCAGGAGUGGGCAGCCACUGCAGCACUUUCUGUGCUGAACCUCCUGAUCCAGGCACCAAGCGAAAGGCCUCUGGGUCACCCAGGGACAGCGCACCCCAAUCAUCGACAAGGAAAGGCCAAGGAAGAGCAGAUCUGGGUUGUGGUAACGCAGUUGCUGAUGGAGACUCUACACAUUGGGGCUUGUCUGCCUGUCACGUCAUCACCAUGUCCUACGUCUCUUCUCUUGCACAGAGCCUUGCUUGCUUGAGGGUCAUGGAUGAGACUGCCCUGAGGAAGGACAUUGGCACCCUCUUCCCAGCACACCACUCCAUGAGAGACACACCUAAGGAGGAGCGGAGAGAGGCCCUGGACUCUCUGGUCCAUCUGGCUCGCUUGUUCCUGCUGAAGCUGCUUGUGCUCCUGUUUAGGAGGCUGAACAAGGAUGAGGAAGAGGAGGCCUGUGGCAGUCUCUUCAUUCUGGACUGGAUAGUCCAAUCCAACAUUUCCGAAAUGACACACCAUACAGAGAAGCUGUUCACAGACCUGGGGCCAAUCCUGCAGGGCACAAGCAUAUGGGUCAGAGAAGCCCUUGCUCCUUUUAUACGGACAACGGGGGCACAUGGGCUCUUGGAGAAAUCUGCAUCAAGACCCUUAAUUGACUUCUUGGUGCGUCAGUGCACCCUGACCCUCGACAGCACGGUUUUAUGGCCCGGGCUGCUGCUUCAGCUGAGCCCAGCAGCCCAUGGACCAGCCCUGCCUCUCCUCCUGCAGACGUCGGUUAGGGUGGUAAAGAGGAUGCAGGAGGAAGGCAGGCUGCCCUUGGCCAGGAGGUGCGGCAAGGAGAACAGAGGGCUGCACAUCAGAGAUGCCGAGGAGCUGUGGUACCGGGACGGGCUCCAGGACACCAAGUGCCUUGGCUACAGGAAUAUGGCCAGAGUCGGUGGGGAGGAGGAUAUUACAGAGAAAGUGAUGGCCCACCUAUUUCACAUCUGGUGCUUGCAACCUGUGCUCAUGGCACUGCAGGGGCUUUGCCCCAUGGGACACCUUUAAGAGCCCCCCCUCGCACGUCCAGCAGCUCACACUCCCUGAUGCAGGGGGUCUCUGAGUGUGAAAUGAACAGGAGCUAGGGAUGGUGAGGAGGUCCUGGCACCUUCCCUUGGUGGGAGCUCCCCAUGGCCUGGAUCCCGGGACAGAGACAUCUUUGUCAUCCUUCUGUCCUUCCUAGG